CUGACCCCUGACCCCAGUAGCCCAGUACGGAGACACGCAUAUCACGGCACGUACCAAAUUCUAAUCUCCCACUCUCUCUUCACCAUUGCUUUCUCACUUGACCCCUAGUUUUAACCGCAAUGCCUUUCAUGGCCCUUUCAGAAGUUCCCAUUUUGCUUCCUUCCAGAUCCAUUUGCACCGUUCUGAGGUUUGCUUUUCCCAAUAUAUCUGCACUUGAUUAACUUAUUGGAGUGAUUGUGGAUGGGUGUGAUUUUUUUUCCAUGUGCUGAUUGUCCGAUUAUGGAAUUGUAUAUCUGAAUCGUUGUGUUAAUUCCUCCUUUUGAAGACAAUUUACUACUGAUCUUCACAUUUUUGGUGAUGAAUUAGUAGGAAUUGGUAUUCGCUUCCAUCAAAAGUGGAUAUUUUUAGCUUCUCAAGCUUCUGGGUAUUCUUGAUCACUGAUUAUCAGCUUAUCUUACAGUUAAGUGCAGCUUUUAGGAUGUGAAUGUGGAAGCGAUAAAAAUUUUCAGUGUAUUUCCCCUUUUUUUUAUAUAUUUUUUUGGGGUCUGUGCGUGUGUUUUCUAGGUCGUUGAGAGUUCAAAAUUUAAGGGGGGGUGAAGAUGUCUUUCAAGAGCAUGCUUCAGGACAUGAGGGGUGAAUUUGGGAGCAUGUCUAGAAAAGGUUUCGAUGUGAGAUUUGGUUAUGGGAUGCGAUCGAGGUCACACAAGGUGGUUCAGGAUAGCUCUUUCGUGUCUGUUGAUGCAUUUAAGCAGAGCUGUUGGGCUAACAUGCCGCCUGAGCUUUUGAGGGAUGUGCUAACGAGAAUCGAGGCAUCUGAAAUUACUUGGCCAUCCCGGAAGAAUGUGGUUGCUUGUGCUGGUGUGUGCCGAAAUUGGAGAGAAAUCAUGAAAGAAAUUGUAAAAACUCUGGAAGAUUCGGGCAAAUUGACAUUCCCAAUCUCCUUGAAACAGCCUGGUCCAAGGGACUCCCUCCUUCAGUGCUACAUUAAACGGAAUCGUAGCAACCAAACAUAUUAUCUGUACCUCAGCUUAAAUCAAGCAUCAAAUGAUGAUGGUAAGUUUCUUCUUGCUGCACGGAGGUGCAGACGACCUACUUGCACAGAUUACAUCAUCUCUUUAAACUGUGAUGAUGUGUCCAGUGGGAGCAGCACUUACAUUGGAAAGUUGAGAUCCAAUUUUCUGGGAACCAAGUUCACAAUCUAUGAUGCACAGCCACAGCCUCCAAAUUCUGGAGCCAAAGUUGCUAAAUGUCGCUCCACCAGGAUAGUUAACAUGAAACAGGUCUCCCCCAGGGUCCCUACAGGGAACUAUCCUGUGGCCCAUGUCUCAUAUGAGCUGAAUGUCUUAGGUUCAAGAGGUCCAAGAAGAAUGCAGUGCAUUAUGGAUGCCAUCCCUGCCUCUUCUAUUGAACCUGGUGGAGUGGCCCCUACGCAAACUGAGUUUUUGCAUAGCAAUUUGGAUUCCUUUACCUCACUUCCCUUUUUCAGAUCAAAAUCUACCCGCACAGAGAAUUUGCAAUCUGUUCCUUUGGCAGGCUAUAAAGAUGGAAUGCUAGUCUUAAGGAAUAAGGCACCCAGGUGGCAUGAACAACUCCAGUGUUGGUGCCUGAACUUCAAUGGACGGGUUACAGUUGCUUCAGUUAAGAACUUCCAGCUGGUUGCUUCUCCAGAUAAUGGAGUUGGCAGGCCAGAGCAUGAGAAUGUAAUUCUUCAGUUUGGAAAAGUGGGAAAAGAUGUCUUCACCAUGGAUUAUCAGUAUCCAAUCUCUGCUUUCCUGGCAUUUGCUAUAUGCCUUAGCAGCUUUGACACCAAGAUUGCUUGUGAAUGACAGACAAGCAGGUGUGAAUCCAGUGGCUUACUAGAACUCCCCAUUUUCAUACGAAGAGACCUUUCUGAUCAUAUUUGUUUUUGCUGUUUGUGCUCUUCUUGACCUUCUGAAUUUUGUUUUCUUGCUUGCCCCCCUUUUUUGCACAACUAUGCUAUUCUUAUUCAAUAAACUCUUUUUCCCGUAAUAUCUUCUGUCCAUUAUGAAUUUUCAACCUUAUGGCUGCUGUAACGUCUUUUGAAGUGAAAUGAAUGACUUCGAAAUUUAGAUUGAUGUA